CUUCUACCAUGUACCAGCAGAGCUUUGCUUAAGGAGAGAGUUCUCCGGCCUUUGAGCAUUUCUGUGGUAGUAUAACUGCUGUUGUUGUGGAUGCAGAACCUAGAUCUGAACAUGGCUUGUUUCAAGUGACCCAUUUUUUCUGAGGGGCUCUGCAGUGGCUUCUGGAUCGUCCUUGAGAAAUCUGUUCUGAUUGUAGUGGGAGUUGCACAAACAGAUCACUCAAGUAAAGAUAUCAGCCAUGACAGUGGAAACCAAACCCAGCAACAUCAAUGACUCAAACCAGGAGGCAGAACCUGACCAGCUUUUGGAUGAUGAUGGAAACAAAACCCCACCGGUCAAAAAGACUUCCUCUUGCACUGGAUUGAAGGUGUUUCUGGCUGCUCUGUCCUUCAGCUACUUCAGCAAAGCCCUGUCUGGUACGAUAAUGAAAAGCUCCAUCACUCAGAUUGAGCGAAGGUUUGACCUGACCUCCUCUACCGCAGGGCUCAUCGACGGGAGCUUCGAGAUGGGCAACUUGCUGGUGAUUGCAUUCGUAAGCUAUUUUGGAGCUAAGCUGCAUAGGCCCAAAGUAAUAGCUGUGGGAUGCUUUACUAUGGCUUUGGGAUGCUUUUUAUCAGCCAUGCCUCAUUUCUUCAUGGGGUACUACAAGUAUGAGACAACAUCACACACAGCUGCUUCAGCCAACUUAACUUCCACCUUAAAUCCCUGCUCCCUACAUCAAGAUGUGAAUGACACUGUCCUGGAAGUCUCACGAGCAGGCUGUGAGAAGGAGCCAUCAUCAUACAUGUGGAUAUAUAUCCUACUGGGAAGCAUGUUACGUGGGAUUGGUGAGACACCGAUAACACCGCUGGGCAUCUCUUACCUCGACGAUUUUACUAAAGAAGAAAAUGUUCCUGUGUAUGUAGCGUGUUUGCACACCGUAGCCAUGAUGGGCCCGAUGUUUGGUUUCCUGCUGGGAUCUCUGUGUGCAAAGCUGUAUGUGGAUAUUGGAUUUGUGGAUCCAGGGAGCAUCACUAUCACCCCACAGGAUUCCCGCUGGGUGGGUGCAUGGUGGCUUGGCUUUUUAAUAGGUGGAGCAACCAGUUUCCUAUCUGGUAUUCCAUUUUGCUUCCUGCCAAAGAGUCUGAAAAAGCCAGAGGAAGCCAAGAAGGACAAAACUUCACGUGGGCUCUUGGAUAACACAGGUGCCGCGGGGAACAAACUUUCUCCUGAAAACACUAAGCCAAGGAAGUGGUCAGUAAUGCUGAAAGAUUUCUAUAACUCCCUGAAAAAAGUGUUGGGUAAUCGAAUGUACUUUACAUUUUUGUGUUGCUCACUGUUACAGUUCAGUAGUUUUAUUGGUUUCGUGACUUACAAACCAAAGUACAUGGAACAGCAGUAUGGACAAUCCACAUCCAAAUCCAACUUUCUAAUAGGAGUGACAUCCUUACCUCCUGUAGGUCUUGGAAUUUUCCUAGGAGGGCUUAUAAUGAAAAAGUAUAAAAUGGGCAUCAUUGCAGCGACAAAGUUUUCACUUACCAUGUCAUUUUUGUCCUAUGCUGUCAGCUUGUUACACUUUUUUGUUGGCUGUGAUAACCAUGUGGUGGCAGGAAUGACAGUGUCCUAUGAAGGCAACCCCAUUCCGUACCACAACAAUUCCCUCUUUUCGGAAUGCAACUCUCACUGCAAAUGUGUCUCCAAUGUGUGGGAUCCUGUGUGUGGAGCCAAUGGGAUCACCUAUGUUUCAGCAUGUCUGGCUGGGUGUGGGACUUCCGUGGGACAUGGAAAGAACACAGUCUUCCAUAACUGCAGAUGUCUUGAAAUCAAUAGUUCCUGGACAGGAAACAACUCUGCCACCUUGGGGCAAUGUCCAAAAAGUGAUGACUGCUCGACAAAGUUCAUUUAUUACACAGUAAUACAAGUCAUAGGUGGCUUUUGCUACGCCCUGGGAGCCACUCCUUCAUACAUGCUUGUAUUUAGAUGUGUCCAGCCAGAGCUCAAAGCUCUCGCAGUUGGUCUAUUCACACUCGUCAUGAGAACUCUGGCUGGGCUUCCAGCGCCGGUUUAUUUCGGUGCAGCCAUCGACAAGACGUGCCUGAAAUGGGGAAGCACCAGCUGUGGGAAGCGAGGGGCUUGCAAGCUCUAUGACUCCAAUGCAAACAGGUAUGUCUACCUUGGUUUAGGAGCGAUUUUAAGAGGUCCUUCCUUCUUGAUUGGAAUAAUUUUUUAUACGAUGAUAAAGAAACACUUUCAAAAUAAGAACUCCAGGCCUGUAGAGAACGGACAAGAAGAUGCUGCUAUGAAUAAAGAAGACAACUGCAAGCUCAAAGAACGUUUGCCAGGUUCUUCUGAUGCAGAGAAUGAAUCCUCUAUUUAGAAAGAAAUUUAGACAUGUGAAUCAGGUCAGCUUAUUUUAGAAAGACCAUUCAAAAUGCUGUGAGUAACUAAAUAAUAAAUAAUGACACUGUACAGAGAGCAUAACUAAUAGCAAAACUGCAAACAACAGCAAUAAACACUAACAAACAAGAA